ACCUAAGUAGGUAACCAUUUCUUGACUCUCCCGCGGCGGACAGACUUUUUUUGCAAAAACAAUUCCACUCCGCCAUUCUACUUUGAUUUCACUCUUUACACUUGAAGACAUAUUACAGAAUACUACCGCGAAAAUGGUCGAGAAGGUUUACGUCACAUACAAUCAGGUGCACAAGCUGUGCCAAGAAGCCGCGGAUCAAAUCCUCAAUGACUUCAAGCCCAACCUCAUGAUCGCCAUCGGCGGCGGUGGCUACGUCCCCGCGCGCAUCCUCCGAUCCUUCCUCAAAAAGCCAAACAGCCCCAACAUCCCCAUCCAAGCCAUCGGCCUCUCCCUCUACGAAACCCUCCCCACAACCACCGACAAGGACAUCGAGACCCCCGGCACAAAAGUAACCCGCACACAAUGGCUCGACCUAUCUUCGCUCGAGAUGGCCAAUCUGAUUGGCAAGAACGUCCUCAUCGUCGAUGAAGUAGACGACACGCGCACAACGCUGGAAUACGCGGUCAGGGAGUUGGAGAAAGAUGUGGAAGCCGCAGUGAAGAAACUGGGACGUGAGGGCGAGAAGACGAAUUUCAGUAUCUUUGUGCUGCAUAACAAGGAUAAGCCGAAGAAGGGGGCGUUGCCGCAGGAGAUUCUCAAGGGGAGGUAUAGUGCGGCGAGGACGGUGGGGGAUGUUUGGAUUUGUUAUCCUUGGGAGGCUACUGACAUUGACGAGCACGACCGUCUGUCGAGGGAGCAAGAGGGCAAGCAAUAGUCUGUCGUGUUCGUGUCUGGGUCCGUGGAAGGACAUAAGGGAGACGACGACGAUGACGAGAAAAGUAUCGUGGUAUUUACGGCAUUCGAUCGAUAGCAUUUAACGGACGGAUGGGAUAUAUAGGAGUUUGAAUGGGAUUGGAUAGCAAGAUAGAUAUUGAAUGAGCGAAUGGCUUUGCAUACAUGGCAGUGCCAACCCAACGGGUCUAUUAUAUCACACUUUGAAUCCGUCUUCAGUCAUGGUCGACUGAUUGGUAACUAGGAUUUGUGUCGCAGUUUGCAGUAUAUGUAUUACUAUUUCAUGAUAACUAGACAGGCUU